CCAAAAAAAAAAAAAAAAAAAAAAAAAAAAAAAAUAAAUAAAACGAGAAAAAAAAAAUUGCAGCGUCGCCGUCGCUACCUUUUCGCUUGCAUACAUGAGAGCGUGCAAGUGUGUGUUUGUGUUUAUUUGUGUGAGUGUGUGCAUGUGGGAGUGAGCGGAAGAACAGUAAAAGUGGAUUAGCAGCAGCAACAACAGCAGACGCCAUUGCCGCCGGCAGCGCAGUUAGUGUUAAAUUUUGUGCUACGACUGCUGCGACUGCGACAGCGACUGAGACGCUCUUUUGGAUUUAAUGCGAAGCGCUUAGCGUGUUAGUCUUUCAACUCGUGACUGUUCAUGGAAACCAUGAUUACCAGAAAACACAGAUAAAAAUGCCAGCGCAAAUUUAUUGGAGGACUAAAAAAAUUCGGGCAGCUUUGCUCGUGACGAGCUUCUGCCUGUUAGUUUCACAUGCCGCUUGGGCAAAGAAAUUGAAUGCAAGUCAAGCGUUUGACGACACAUGGAACACAGCUUCCGAUUUGGAAAAUGAGCUGGAACAACAGAAACGUUCAAAGGGCGCAGGAUCGGGCUCCAGCUCCGGCUCUGGCUCUGGCUCUGGCCAAUGGUCCGSCUGGUCGGAAUGGUCAACAUGUUCGCGCACCUGCGAUGGCGGCAUCAUGCAGCAAAUACGUCGCUGCAGCACAACCGGCAGCUGUCGCGGCGAGAGCGCUCGCUAUCGCAUCUGCAACAUGCAGCCAUGUCCCGAGCAGCAGGACUUCCGUGCUAACCAGUGUGCCGCCUACAAUGACGUUCCCUACGACGGCACCCUAUACAAGUGGACGCCUCACUACGAUUAUGUCGAGCCCUGUGCCCUCACAUGCAGGGGACACCCGGCUCAUCUCACGGAGGACAUCUCACCGGAAUCGGGCGCUGCUAAUGCCGAGGAAUCGGAGCAUUACGAUGAGCAGAGCGUCAUUGUUCAGCUGUCGGCGCGGGUGCAGGAUGGAACGCGCUGUCGCUCUGGGAGUUUAGAUAUGUGCAUUCAGGGCAAAUGUCAGCGCGUUGGCUGCGAUUUGAAAAUAGGCUCAACGAAGAAAAUUGACGGCUGCGGCGUUUGCGGAGGCGAUGGCAACUCCUGUUCGCAACCGCUCUAUUAUUGGGAGAUGUCGGCGAUGUCGCAAUGUUCCGUCACCUGCGGCGGCGGUUACAAAAUGUCUCGUCCUGUGUGCAAGAAUCGCCUAACUGGCGCUGAUGUCGAUACGAUGCUCUGCAAUGCCGCUAAUCGCCCGGAGAAUUCGGUGGUGCCAUGUAAUACACAUAGCUGUCCGCCGCGUUGGAUAACCGACGAUUGGAGCACUUGCAGCCGGCUCUGUGGGCACGGCUACCGUGAACGGAUGGUUGUCUGUGCCGAGGAGACCAACGGCAUCAAAACGAGGGUUGCUGAUAUUAUGUGCCGCACUCCAAAGCCGCCAACACAGGAGACCUGCAUUAUCGAGGAGUGCCCACACUGGGAGGUUGAGGAUUGGACUGGCUGCUCCGUUUCAUGUGGCCAGGGCAUUCAGAUGCGCGGUGUCGAGUGCAAAUCGACGGAUGGCAGUCUGAGUGCCAAAUGCGAUCCCCUAACGAAGCCCGGCAGCAUGCAGCAGUGUUCGACUGGCAUCCAUUGCGAUGGUGGCCCAAAUAAGGGCGGUGGCACCAUUAUUGUCGGCAGCAGUCGUUCCCUGAAUGAGCGCGCUGAACGGCAUAUGGAUAGCUCGGAUCUGGAUGAGGACGACGACGAUGAGGAUGAAGAAGUUGAAGAUAUGGAUGAUGAUAUGGAAUCAGGCCAAGACACUGACGACGGCGAAGGCAUGUCCUAUGCCGAUCAACCGAUGCGCUAUGCGCAUCACACACAAAGUCGACUGCAUCACGAGACGCCCGAGGAGCCACGCACCAUGCGCCUCAUGAGUGGCAGCUCCAGCAAGAAUCACAAUAAUGCGCGAGGUGGUGCAAGCGGUGGAACGGAUGUGCCCUCCCUGGAUCCAAGCUUCAUCAAGGACACCGAGUGGUCGCCCUGCAGCGUUACCUGCGGCGAGGGCAUACGUCGACGCGCAUAUAAAUGCAAAAUCUUUCUGGAAUAUUCACGUACCGUGGCCACGGUGAAUGAUAGCUUGUGCGAGGGCACCAAGCCGCACGAUGAGACGGAGCGCUGCGUGGAAGAGGUGUGCUCCCUGCCCGUUGGCUACGAUGAUCAAUAUCCGCGUGACUCCAUCAAGGUGGGCGUGUCGGAGCCGGGCAAGACUUAUGUGUGGCGCGAACAGGGCUACACCUCGUGCAGUGCGUCGUGCUUGGGCGGCGUCGAGGAGUUAAUCAUCAACUGUGUGAGGGAGGACAAUGGGCGCGUUGUCUCGCCUUUCCUCUGCUCGCCGGAAACUAAGCCGGAGGCGCGUGUGCGCACCUGUAAUGAUCGGCCGUGUCCGCCGCGCUGGAACUAUUCGGAUUAUACGCCCUGCUCGAAGAGCUGCGGCAUUGGCAUCAAGACACGCGAGGUGCAGUGCAUCCAUGAGGUGACCCGUGGUGGCGAGAACACCAUGGUCGUGCCCAACAGCAUGUGCCCCCAGCCGCCGCCUGCGGACCGGCAGUAUUGCAAUGUCCUGGACUGUCCGGUGCGCUGGGAGGUGGGCGAGUGGUCGAAGUGCUCGCACACCUGCGGCUACGGCAUCAAGGAUCGCAAAGUGGAGUGCAAGCAAAUUAUGGCGCAGGAGCAUAAAAUCGAACGGCCCGAAUCGAUGUGUCCCAGUGUCAAGCCGCCGGACAAGAAGCCCUGCAACGUGAAACCCUGUCCGCCGGAGGAUCCCAAGCCCGUGAUACAAAUCAGCAACUCGACCCACAUCCAGCACGAUCCCAAGAAGACAAAGAUCACACUGAAGGUGGGCGGCGCCGGAGUCGUCUUCUUUGGCACCCAAGUCAAGAUCAAGUGCCCGGUGAAGCGCUACAAUCGCACCAAAAUCAAGUGGAGCAAGGAUCACAAGCCUUUGGCCCGUUCUCGCAAAUUUAAGGUGUCCAAGAAGGGAGCACUGCGCAUUUUGGACAUCACCUUCCGUGACGCCGGCAUCUAUUCGUGUCACGCCGGGCUCAGCUCGGCGGAGAUUAACAUCGAGGUGAAAGCCAAGCCCGGCCAACAGGCCGAGGAGCUGGAACGCCAGGAAGCGGAUCGUCUGGUGCGUGAGCGCAGUGGCACUGAGGCGCUUACCUCAGCGGACAUGACGUCGUCGUCGUCGUCGUCGAAUGGCGCCACAGCCGGUGGGGCAGAGGGCGCCGCUAAUGGCUCUCAGCAGCAACAGCAACAGCAGCAGUCCACACGUCGCAGACAGAACCAGUCGGAAAGGAUGCAGAAUGGACGUGAACGCAAUCGUCGCCCCAAAUCGGAUGGUGUGCAGCAUGCGGACAGCAGCAUUAUGGAGGAUGAGCAUUCGCAAUUAGUGCAAUCGCAGGACCGUAUUCCACAACCAGCGAGCGCCAGCAGCGGCAGCAGCCGCACCAAAACUCUUCUGGCCAUGCCCUAUUUCCAGGCGUUGCUCAGCAACCUGCAGUUGCUUUGGCCGCUGCAGCGUUUUAAGGACUCACGCGGACAGCAUCUGCUGCAGCGCGAGGCGCUCAAUUAUGGCCUCGAUUUGGAGCCGCCGUCGCCGUCGCCGUUGCCUCCUCAGCGCUACGAACAGGACGAACCGGCCCGCGUGCUGACCAAAGAGCUGCACCACACCGAGGCGGGUCGCAUAGUCGCCGUGCCCAGCCAGCACCUGCAGCAGCCGCACCUGGAACAACACCGAGAACCCCUCGAGGAGGCGGACAAUGUGCCGCCACAUAUGCCACACGCACGCUGGGAAACGGCCACGACAAUGACACUGCCGUCCACCAGCACGUCGAGCAGCAGUCGGACGAGCAGCAGGGAUAUGGAGGAGGCGGAACAGGACUACGUCUACAGCUGGCAGGUGGGCGAGUGGUCCAAGUGCUCGCAGGAAUGUGGAGCCGCAGGCAGCGGCUUGCAGCGGCGCACGCUGAGCUGCCGGCGUGUGGCAACAAAGAAGACGACGAUGUCAAAUGCCACCGAUGGCAGCGUCGUCGACAUCGUCGAGAAUGCGCAAUGCCGUAGCCAGGGGCUGGACAUGCCCGACACGUUCCAGAGCUGCGGCAACGAGCCCUGUCCGCACUGGACCAAGGGCGAGUGGACUCUCUGCCACCAGUCGCGCUGCCACGGCCGCAACACGGCCGUGCAACGGCGCGAGGUCCACUGCCGGUAUCAGAACGGCAGCGCGGGCACCGCCUGCGAUGAGUACGAGAGGCCGGCGGCACGGCAGGAAUGCUACAACGAGCGCUGCAAGGGCGUCUGGCGUGUGGAGCCCUGGUCUGAGUGCAAUGCGCCCUGUGGUCGUCAGGGCAUCAAAUUCCGCAUUCUGCAGUGCGUCUGGUAUGGCAGCCGUCGACCCGCGGGCAAUGUGUGCAAGCAUCAGCCACGCCCAGCGGUCAUGAAGGUGUGCAAAAGUCCGCCAUGUCAAUCCAAGGUGGGCAAAACUUCGGCUGGCUGUCGUGAUAGCUCUCGCUAUUGUCGCAAUGCCCGCUCUAUGGGCCUCUGUCGACUGCAUCGCUAUAAGGAGAAGUGCUGCGGCUCCUGUCAGCCCCAACUCGAAGAGCUUCAAUAGAUCCGACACAACUUAGAAGUGGACGAAAAUCAAGCAAGCAAUUACUAUAAGUACAUGGAGAAUACACUCACUGAAAGAUAUGAAUAUKAAUGAAUGAGUCAAUGAAUUAAUAAAUCUAUGAAUCAUUGAAUUAUUUAUUUAUUGAAUCAUUGAAUCAAUUCAUUUAUGAGUCUUUGAAUCAAUGAGUCACUGAAUCUAUAAAUUGAGUAAAUGAGUAAUUAUGUAAUUGAAUCUAUGAAACACAAAUCAUGAAUCUAUGAAUCAAUUAUUCAAUGAAUCAACAACUCCAUGAAUCUAUUAUGACUAAGAACGAGUGCUAUUUAGUUGACUUCGAUAUGUAAGGCAUAGUUAAAUGUAAUUGGGAAACGCAGAUCAAUUCGAGCAAAAAGAAUGCACAGUAAUUUCGUUUCAAUUUUUGUCUACAUUAAUAAGCAACAAAUACACAGAUGCAUCGACAUAUAUCUACAGAUAACGAUAAGCAUAUACAUACAUAUAUAUGAUGUGAGCAAAUAUUUACAACUAUUCGUAAACUAAGCGCAAAUUAUGUUUAAAUAUGCCCAGAUAGAAGCAAGCCAAGCUGGCCAUUGCGAAUGAAAGCAAAGAUCCCCUAAUAUAAUAUAAUAAUGAUAUUUUAUUAUUAUUACUAUUAUAGAUAAAUGUAAUUUGUAGCAUUUGAUUUGCCAGCAUUUGAUUGUCGGCUUUGCUUUAAGCAAUUCCAGAAUUAAAUACUAAAAGUAUUUAAUCCAUAUUGCAAAUAAAUACUAAAUAACGCAACCAAAUCCCAUAACAAAAUGAAAAUAAAAAAAAUACAAACAGUUAAUUAAAUAAAAAAUAUUGGGCGGCGCUACUUGGGAAACCGUGGAAAGUUAAGCAACAAUUUGCAGUAUAGAUAACUUCACAAUCGAUAUAAUGUUAGUGAGCUAAUGGAAAAUACGAAUACGAAAAUACAAAUAAAAAUAGAAGCGAGAAGUAAAUGUUCCAAAUGCCCCCAAAACACUUGCCAUUUGUAACUGUAAUUUCAAAUAA